GGCAGCUGUUUCGAGGACUGCCAAACCUCACAGUCCCGACCCUUGGAAGGGCUUUUGCGCUCCCUGUCUCGCAUAAUGGGAAUACUUGUGGGUGACAGAUCUGCACUCGGAGUGGUCUUCUUGGCACCUGACCCGAAAUCGCUGCCCGCCAAAGAGGGACUGCACAGAGAAAAGCGGCUGCAGGAUUGACCCCCCCACCCAGCCACCCCCAUUCUUGUGGCUGAAGCCUUCAUCGUUGUCGGUCUGUUCAGAAGAGCGUUGGCUUGAGGCAUGGCUGGAGCCCCAGGGUCUGCCCUUUGGGAUUCUGUGACUUUUGAAGACGUUGCCAUCUACUUUUCCCCGGAAGAGUGGGAGGAACUGGCCGACUGGCAAAAACACCUCUACAAGGAUGUCAUGCGGGACAACUAUGAGACUCUUGUUUCAUUAGGCCUUGCUGUCCCCAAGCCCGACCUCAUCCUGCGGAUUGAGCAAGGGGAGGAGCCAUGCGCUGGGGGACUCCAGGAGCCGAAGGCUUGCCAGAUCCCGAGCCAGGACUUCCCCUGCAACCGGUUACUGGUAAAGGAGGAGUCCCGUCCCCAAGAAAAUCUCGAGCAAGGGCCGUGGGAAGGAGUACGCCCAGAGGCAUCCCUGGGGAGUCUGAACAAUGGAAGAGUCUACGAACUGCCCACCUGGCCAAGAGCCCAUCUGAGUCACUCUGCCGUUACCGGGGUGGCUGCACUACCCCCCUGGCAUCCUGAACUCCCCUGGCCGAGUGGCACUGUGGCAGGCAAGCCGCCGACACCCUUGAAGUUCCAUGCCGGGCAUUCUGGUGCUGCUCUGGGUGCCUUCUGGCCUGUGCACGUCGCUGUUCAUCCGCCCAGGACCCAGGAGGAGACGCUGCUGAUCUGCACCCAGUGCCAGAAGUGCUUCCCUGCCCGUCCUGCUCACAGCGUCCCCACAGUGGCACCCACCGGAGAAGUGACGCAGGUGUGUCCCGAGUGCAAGAGCGGCACUGCGAAGAGCUCUCCUGCCACCGUGGAUCAGCAAAGCCAUGUGGGGAAGCAGCCCUGCGCAUGCACGCACUGUUCAGUGCUUAACGCCCGCCAGAGAGUCCCCAAAGAGGACAGGCCCUACAAGUGCGGGAAGUGUGACAAGAGCUUCCGGUACGUGCACGAGUACACGUGGCACCAGAAGGCCCACGCCGGGGAGAAGAACUACAAGUGCGGCGAGUGCAAAAAGGUCUUCCGGCACAAGCAGGAGCUCAUGUGGCACCAGCGGACCCACACGGCCGAGUGGCCCCACAAAUGCGGCACCUGCGAGAAGAGCUUCCGUUUCAAGCAGGAGCUGACGUGGCACCUGAAGACCCACUCGGUGGAACGGCCUUACAAGUGUGCCGAGUGCGAGAAGAGCUUCCGGUUCAAGCAGGAGUUCAUGUGGCACCAGAGGGCCCAUGUCGGGGACCGGCCUUACAAGUGCACUGAGUGCGAGAAAAGCUUCCGGUUCAAGCAGGAGUUCACCUGGCACCAGAGGAGCCACGCCGGAGAGAAGGUCUACAAGUGCCCAGGCUGCGACAAGAGCUUUCGGUACAAGCAGGAAUUUAUCUGGCACCAGAGAAUCCACACCGGGGAGCAGCCCUACCCCUGUGCUUCGUGCGACUCCACCUUCACUUGCAGGCAGGAGUACAUGCGCCACCAGCGGCUGCAUGACGGGGAGAAGCCCUACCAGUGUCCCCACUGUGACAAGACCUUCCGCCGGGGGUCGACCCUCAUCAGGCACCGGCGGAUCCACAUGGGGGAGGGGCCUUUCAAGUGCUCCCACUGCGACAAGACCUUUGGCCAGAGUGCCAACCUGAUCAAACACCAGCGAAUCCACGCGCUGAAGAGUGAGCCUGGGGAGAACGCCGCAGGAUGGGGCCCCUGCUUGCAAGGCUCAGGCCGUCCCGUCCCGCAGGAGGUGGUGAGCGUGGUCAGCCUGAAAACUGUUUCCGUGGGGGCACUUCUCGUACUCAAUCUGCAGGAGCCCAAGCCGGAGAAAGACCCAGCCA